AUGAGGUUGUCCACUCAAACAUUGACUUUAGUUCUUUGCGCCUCUGCCUUUGCUAAGGUGCAAAGCGAGAAGGACAGAGCAAACAUCAAGAGGAAUGCCGUUGAAAAGGACUCCUUCCAACAAGCUGAGGAACUUGCCAAGAGAGGUCUCUUUGACUGGCUCACUGGUGGUGAUUCUGGUUCCGACAGUGGUUCUGGUUCCGACAGUGGUUCUGGUUCCGACAGUGGUUCUGGUUCCGACAGUGGUUCCGGUUCUGGAUCUUCUAGUGCUGCUGCUGAGCCUGCUGCUUCUUCUGAAGCUGCUUCCUCCCAGCCUGUCGCUGCUGCUGCGGUAGCCUCCAGUUCCUCUCCUGCUGCUGCUGCUGCUGCUGCCCCAUCUUCUAGUGCUGUCAGCUCUGCUCAAACAUCUGCCCCAGUUUCCCAGAACACUCCAAAGGAACUGACCUCACUGAGCUCUGCCUCAUCUUCGUCUGCUUCCUCCUCCAAAAAGGGAUUGUUGGAUGGUUUGUUCGGCAAUGACGACAGCACCUCAUCUGACGACUCGGGAGCCUCAGUAACCUCCUCCGGUUCUGCUUCUGGCUCAGGCCGUGCCCUUGCUGCUUCUGCCGCUGCCGAGGAUGAUGACGAUGACGAGGACGAGGACUGUGAGUCCAUUGAGACUGAACUUCCUACCACCGAUGCCGACCCAGUCACUCCUAACCCAGGCAACAGCAACAGCAACUCCGCUACUGUGUCUGCCUCCUCAACCUCGGUUGAGUCGAGCGAGUCGAGCGAGUCGGGUUCUUCUGGCUCUGGCUCUGCUAGUGCUUCUAGCUCCUCAAGCACCGGUGGCUGGUUUGACAACAUCUUCGGCACCACCACUGCCAGCUCUGCUUCCGAGACCGACUCUGCUUCUGAGAGCAACUCGGCCUCUGGCUCUGCCGACCCAUCCUCUGAAGAUGCUGCUGCAAUUGCUUCACGAAUCACCGACGAUGACUGUGCCUCUGACGAGCCUCUCAUCCCUGGCGACUCUGACACCGAUGCCCCUACCACUACCACUAACGGCGGCUCUACUACCACUAACGGCGGUUCUACUACCACUAACGGCGGUUCUACUACCACUAACGGCGGUUCUACUACCACUAACGGCGGCUCUGCUACUACUUCGGGAUCCAACAGCGUUUCCUCGAGUGCCAGCAGCGGCAGCGUGAUUGUCACCACCGAGUCUGACGGCACCACCACCACCUGGGUGGACGGUGAUGAGGAGGACUGUGAGAGUGACAUCGACCCCAUCCCAGGCUUGUCCACUCCAACCCCAGAAACCACUUCAACCAGAUCCACUGGAAGCUCUUCUCUGUCGGCUGGUACCCCUGUCCACACCUCUCUCACUGUCAUCACUGAGGGUGGUAGCACCACCACCUCGUGGACCACCUUGCCUGGCUCCACUACCAGAACUUCUACUUCCCGCGAGGUUGUGACUUCGAGCGACAUUCUCGGCAUCAAGACCACCAUCACCCAGGCUGGCCAGUACACCUCCACUUCUGGUGCUGCUGUCUGGAUCUGUGACGAUGAGGAAGAGUGGACUGACACCAAGGUGGUGGACGGUGACUCUGGUUCUGGCGGAAAGCCUGCCACCACUUCUACCAAGUGGUGGUCCACCCCAAGCUCUGGUUCUGGUGGCUCCGGCUCUGGCUCCGGUUCCGGUUCUGGCUCUGGCUCUGAUUCUUGCGCCAACGUGAACUGUGACAACGUUGACUGUGGUGAUGACGACUACGACUUCUGGGACAGUGAGGAUGAGGCUGACGAGCAGGAGGCCAAGACCGAGAUUCACACCUACACCACCAGACGUCCUUACACUACCACCAGCGCUGGCCAGGUUGUCACUGGAACCAGCGACGAGACUGUUGUCUCCACAUACAAGACCACUGAGGUGAAUGUUGGCACCAAGACCCACGUCAGUGUCACCACCGAGGAGUGUGAGGACCAGGAUGAGGACUUCUGGAAAAAGAUGGAGGGUGACUCCAACUCUUCUUCGUCUGCUUCCUCGUCUGCCCGUUCCAGCUCCAGAUCGAGCUCCAACACCAACACUUCCACCAAGCAGGCCUCUUCCAGUGCUUCCUCUAGCGCUGCCUCCAGCUCUGCUGCUUCUAGCUCGUCCGUGGCUCCUAGCUCUUCUGCUGCUUCCUCGACUGCUCCAGCUGGCUCCAGUACUCCAGCUGACACCAGUGCUCCAGCUGACACCAGUGCUCCAGCUUCCUCUGCUGCUGGUGCUGCUGGUGCUGCUGCCGAGACUCCAUCCCAGUCUGGUUCUGAAUCCUCAUCUUCUCCAUCUUCCACGGGAGGUUUCUUGUCAGGCUUGUUUGACAAGAGACAACAGAUUGAGGCUCGCUCUGGAAGUGAGAAGUUGCUUCCUGGCGCUGCAGGCUUGAUGCUUGCCGUGCUUGCGGUUGCAUUGUAA